AUGGCUGAACUCGUUGCAAACAUGGAUGUGAGUCUUCUGGCGAUCGCUGUAGCAAUUGUUGUCGUCAUUGCCAGCGUUCUGUUCUUUGUGUUACGGUCUUUGGGCAAAUCUCCAACAACCGUCUUAAUUUGUGGUCUCUCUGAUGCUGGAAAGUCUCAAAUUUACGCAAGGCUCGGAAACAAAGAGGCUGAAGUUCUCACGUAUACAUCGAUGGCUGAAAACAGCUUUGAAUGGAAGCUCGGUAAAAGGCUGCUACGAAUUGUCGAUUUUCCGGGAGCAGAAAGGCUUCGAAAGAACUUGAUUGAGAAAUAUUUGACCAAGGAAAGAUCAUCACUUCGUGGAAUCGUCUUUGUCGUGGACAGCGCAACAUUUGGAAAACGUUCGCGUGAUGUCGCUGAAAUGCUUUACGAUGUAGCACUCGAAAGCGAAACCAAGGUUCCAAUUCUCGUCACUUGCAAUAAACAAGAUAUUGGUUUGGCAAAAAGUGCUGAGGCAAUUCGUUCUUCUUUGGAGCGAGAAAUUGGACUCAUCAACCGAUCACGCUCUGCCGCACUAACAACAACCGAUGGAACGAAUCAAAUAAGAACUUUGGGCGAUUCGGGAUCGGAAUUCGCUUGGGAUGAUCUUCCGAUUGAAGUUGACUUCGUGGAAAGCUCGGUUGCGCCAGAUUCGAUUGGAUUGGACUCGGUCAGACAAUGGAUCAAAAAA